GUCGAUUUGCCUCUGGAAAGUGCUUCUCUCUUUGUUGCCUCUGUUUCCUUCUUUAUAAACCUGAAAGGAACCUCUCUCAUAUCCAACAGCGAUGAAGUUUUCAAAUACUAAUUCAAUUAGUCCUCCCUCUGUCAACCAAACAAUCUACAAAGAUGAUUGCACGUAUUGCUUUCAAACUCCAGAUUUGAAGGGUGGUUUAAACAUUUGUCUCCAUUGUUAUAGAUCUUUCUGUCCUUUGGAUAUUGGAGAUGAAUCCAAUUCAAACCAUGCUGCUUUGCAUAAUGCUCUAACUGGCCAUAAUUUAUUUUUGAACUAUACCGAGGUUUUUAAAAGAGACCAGAUUGAAUCAAAUUCAAGUAUAAACAAAGAGGAAAAAAUUAUUAAAAUGGCUAAAUUGGAAAUUAAAGAAAAGAAAAAAACAGAUCUCUUUAACUUUUAUUAUAACUUGCUUGAUUUGGAAAAUCAAUCAUCGAUUGCAUUAGAUAUCAUUUUCAAAAACGAUGUCCACUCUUUUAAUUCAUUUAAUGGUUUGCCUCAGAUUCUAAUCGAUACAGUCUUGGCUAUAUUAAACAGUAAGUCAUCUUAUUUAAACCAAGAAGUUGAAUCAUGGGAGCAAGAAAUUAAAACUUGCAAACACUCCAGUUCAGAAAUUGAGCAAUUAAACAUCAACAAUCCCUCUAUAAACUUGAAAAAGUGUGCAUAUUGCGAUUUGAAUGAAAAUUUAUGGUUAUGUCUUUAUUGUGGUUUUAUUGGGUGUGGUAGACAACAAUUUGGUGGAUUAAAAGGUAAUUCUCACGCUUUAAAUCAUUUCAAUGAAACCAAUCAUCCAAUUGCAAUAAAACUAGGCUCUUUAUCUUUAAAGGAAAACAAAGCUGAUUGCUAUUGUUAUUCAUGUAAUGAUGAAAUCAAAGUUCCUGAUUUAUCAACAUAUCUUCUUAAUUAUGGUAUCAACAUUCAAUCUUUGGAUGAUUUUAAUAUUAAAAAGGAAAAAACGUUAACUGAAUUAAAUAUUGAACAAAAUAUAAAAUGGAGUUUUAACAUGACUUCAAAUGAUGGUCAAUUGUUGAGACCAUUAUUUGGUGAAUCUCUUACUGGUUUGAAAAAUCUAGGUAAUUCUUGUUAUAUCUCCUCAAUAAUUCAAGUUUUAUUUGAUUUGAAAUGUUUCCAAGAUUAUUUCUAUCAAAAGGAUUUCCUAAAUGUAAAGGAUGCCAUAAAUGGCGAUCAAGGAUUAAAUUUGCGAGUCCAGUUGAUUAAAAUUGCAAAUGGUUUAAUCUCUGGGAAAUAUUCUACACCAAAUCUUGAUACCCCUGAUGAUAUAAAAUUUCAAAGGGGAAUUGCUUUAAAUUCUUUUAAAAAUUUAGUUGGGACACACAAUAAGGAUUUCAAAUCAAUGCAACAACAAGAUGCUUUUGAAUUUUUACUUUUUUUAUUAGAAACAAUAGAAAAUUAUUAUUAUUCAGAUGACUUGGAUUUAAAUCCUACAAAUGAAAAUUUGAUAGAUAAUUUCAAAUUUGUAUCUGAGUCCAAGUUGACUUGUUCAAACUGUCGUAAAUACAAAUUUAUUAAUGAGUUGACAAACUAUUUAUCUCUACCAAUAAAGGAUGAGUUGAAAGAAAUAAGUAAAGAGAAUAAAAAAAUUUACAAAGACUAUUCAUUAAUUGAGUCUUUAAACCAAGUUUUUUCAAACAAAUCGCUUGAUGUCGAGUUGAAUUGUGAAAAUUGUUUAAAGACGACAUUUUUUAAUAAGGAAGUAAAACUCAAGACGCUUCCAAAUGUAUUAGUUCUUAGUGCGCAAAGAGUUAAAUUAGAGAAUUGGGUUCCAAUCAAAGUUGAUGUUCCAUUAAUUUUACCAGAAGUUGUUAAUUUAGGAAGCUAUGUUUCGAAAAUCGAUGUAUCGAAAGUUGAUCCAAAUGAUUUAUUGCCUACAAAUGAUGGAGAAGGAGAUGUGGGUGAUGAGUUUAUUCCAAAUGUUGAAGUUAUGAAUGCGUUGCUUAGUAUGGGAUUUCCAGAAAAUCGAUGUGUAAAGGCGUUGUACAAUGUUGAUAAUUCAGGAAAUCCAGACGAUGCUAUGAAUUGGCUAUUUGCUAAUAUGGAUGAUCCAAGUAUUGAUGAACCUGUUGUGAUUAAGAAAAAGAGCAAGAAUCAAGUAAAAGAGCCUAGUAGCGGCGAUGUUUCAUCACUUACGAAUAUGGGAUUUGAAAAGAAAGUUGCAAGAAAGGCAUUAAUUUUGAAUGAGUAUAACAUUGAACGAGCAGUGGAUUGGUUAUUCUCGAACCCAGAAGAUGAUGGGGUACUAGAUGAAGUUUGCGAUGGUGGUGGUAAUAACAAAUUGAAAAAGAGUACGAAACCGUCAAUGAAAGAGGAAAUUGAGGCUUUUGUUAAGGAGUUUAGUGAAGAGAAGAGUUCCGAGUAUUAUUUGAAGUCAGUUGUUUGUCAUAAAGGAACAUCAAUUUAUACUGGACAUUAUGUUUGCUUUGUUAGAAGAGAAAUUGAGGGAAGAGAAUCGUGGGUUUUAUUUAACGAUGAAAAGGUUGUUUUAGCGAACGAUGAGAAUAAUUUGAGAGAGAUCAUGAACAAUGGGUAUUUAUUUAUAUAUGUUCGAAGAGAAUGAAUGUUAGUGAAAAGGAAAGAAAGAAAAGGAAAGAAAGAAAUGAAUAAAAGAAUAAAUAGGAUAGAUAAGUAAGAGUUAAGAAGAAGUGAAGGAUGAAAUAAUUGUUUUAAAAAAUAUGGGCUUCAAAAGGGAUAAAAGUUUUUCUUUAUACAUAUACAUAUAUAUUAUUGUAGUAUUUUCUAUGAAUUGAGUGAAUAUAUUUAUAGUAAUUGAAUGAAUAUGUUUAUAGUAAAUGAUUAAUACUCCA